AUGGCGUCCUCAAGGGAAGGUCACUACAGAGGUGUAAGGAAGAGACCGUGGGGGAGAUACGCAGCUGAAAUACGUGAUCCAUGGAAGAAAACGAGGGUUUGGUUAGGUACAUUCGACACACCCGAAGAAGCUGCACUCGCUUACGACGGAGCAGCUAGGUCCCUCCGUGGUGCCAAAGCUAAAACCAACUUCCCCACACCGUCUUCCUCUUCUUCUCCGCCGCCGGCUCUUUCUCUUGAUCUCAAUCUCGCUUCUCAUAAUCCCCAUCGUUGGGCUUUAGCUUCACCUCAUCACCAUCACCGUUUUGCCGCCGUGGGUGAUUUCCUUCAUGCUGGUGGUAUUAAAGAUAUGAACUUUGGUCCCGACCCAUCGUCUUCGACGAGACCCAAUGUCCUCUCCGUUUCCACUUCCCCUCCGGUGACCGCAAAUGGUAACACGGCGUCGUUUCUUGGGAUUGUUCGACGUGGUUUGCCUAUAGAUUUGAAUGAGCCACCUCCACUGUGGCUGUGAAUGUGGUUUUUCUUCUCUAGGCAUUUUGCAGGCGCCCUUUUUAAUCUUUUAACCCUUCCUUAGGCAUCUUUGCUACUUCUGUUUAGUAAUUAUUCUGUAUUUUGAGAACUAGGAAUCAUAAAAAAAAAAAACAUAUUAAAAACUGAGGACCUUUUGUGUAAA